AUAAGCUCCCACUAGAACUACAGCUCAGGAGGCGCGGAGAGGGAGGGCCGAAAUAAAGAAACAAGCAUUUUUCUUUGUAGUUCCGCGGUUUCUGCAAUCCUAACUUUAUUUUCCAGAUUCGGGCGUCUAGUUCCACGCCGGUCCUCGAAGAAGUGUUGCCGGUUCGUCGCCCGUCCAGCAGCAGCAUGUCCAUCGUGCCCCCGAGCCGCUCCAGCGCCGGCUGGCCGCGCGGCGGCUCCGUUCAGUUCGGGAACAAAUACAUGAGCGGGCCCGCCAAGGCGCUGAGCCUGGAGAGGACGAUCAAUCUAUACCCGCUAACCAACUACACAUUCGGCACCAAAGAGCCUCUGUACGAGAAGGACAGCUCGGUGGCCGCCCGCUUCCAGAGGAUGAGGGAGGAGUUCGACAAGAUGGGGAUGAGAAGGACGGUGGAGGGGGUCCUCAUCGUCCACGAGCACCGGCUCCCCCACGUGUUACUGCUCCAGCUGGGGACCACCUUCUUCAAGCUGCCCGGAGGAGAGCUGAGCCCCGGGGAGGACGAGGUGGACGGUCUGAAGCGGCUCAUGACGGAGAUCCUCGGGCGUCAGGACGGAGUGAAGCAGGACUGGGUGAUCGAUGACUGCAUCGGGAACUGGUGGCGCCCCAACUUUGAGCCCCCGCAGUAUCCGUACAUUCCGGCUCACACAACCAAACCCAAGGAGCACAAGAAGCUGUUUGUGGUUCAGCUCCAGGAAAAAGCGCUGUUUGCGGUCCCUAAGAACUACAAGCUUGUGGCCGCGCCCCUCUUUGAGUUGUACGACAACGCCCCCGGCUACGGACCAAUCAUAUCCAGCCUCCCGCAGCUUCUGAGCAGGUUUAACUUCAUCUACAACUAAGAGAGGAC